AAGCCUUUCCAAAUAGUUAAGCGGUAGAUAAGAAAUUGAUAUAAUUUUAAAGCCCCCUGCAGGGGAUACUUCAGUUGGUGGAACCAAAUCCAAGUAGCAACAUGCCUUCAGAUCAGCUGCCAAGCGCCGAGCAGAUUGGCCAAGUCAAGAGUAGCAUUCUUGAGAAACUGGAGAAGGAGCCACCAGCAGUGCCCUUCCAUCCCGAAGACCUGAAGCGCAUUACCGACAGUGACCUUUGGAUCACCAAACUUUUGCAGGUCUACGACUUUGAUGUGGAGAAGUGCAUCAUCAGGUUGUGGGACAAUCUCGCCUGGCGUCAAAGCUUCGGGGUAUAUGACAUCAACGAGACGAACCUGAACCAGGAGUACCUGAACGAUGGCUCCGUCUUUGUGCACAACAAGGACAAGGACGGCAAACCCCUGCUGAUCCUCACCAUCAACAAGCACUCGAAGAGCCGCAAUCAGGAGGAUCUCCUGCGAAUCCUUGUCUUCUGGAUUGAGCGACUGCAGCGCGACAGCAAACUGGAUAAGAUCACCCUCUUCAUGGACAUGACUGGCACCGGUCUCAGCAACUUGGACCUGGACUUUAUCAAGAGCAUUAUCGGAGUGUUCGAGACCAAAUAUCCCUAUGUUCCUAACUAUAUACUGGUGCAUGAGCUGCCCUUCCUCUUGAAUGCUGCCUUUAAAAUUGUCAAGACCUUCCUGCCCGCCGAAGCUCUGAAGAUCCUGAAAGUGACCUCCAAGAAGGACCUCGAUCAGUAUGUGGACAAGGACAACAGCCUCAAGAUCUGGGGCGGCAACGACGAAUACGUUUAUAAAUUUGCCUAAACUUGCCUUAAACUUUGUACGAUAGUGUAAAUAUAAAAAUACGAUAUUUAUUGACCGGAA